AUGCUCGGUACCAUCACCCAACGCGCCGAGCUGCUCACGAAGCUCAAGGAGCAACCCAAGAAGAUCACGGUCAAGGGCGUCGCCGCCGCGGCCUUCGCCCUCGGCUUCCUCAUCUUCGUCGUCCUCCCGCUCCACACGGCGCCGCUACCAAAAACACCCCCCCAAAAGACCAUCGCCGCGCCCUGCGCGCCCGGCGAGACGAACUGUCGCGCGACGUGCCAGAACCUCGAGUGGGUCGCCGGGCCGAACCGCGGUCGGACGAGCCUGGCCAACAUGACGUGCCACGAGCACUGGUCGCGGUGGGCGCGCUACGACUUCUUCCGCCCCAACGACGCGAGGCCGACGCUCACGGACGAGGCGACGGCGAAGGGCCGGCGGAGCGCGGACGGCGUGACGGCCGGCGCCGCGUGCUGCAUGUUCGGCGGCGGGCGAACGGUCUGGGUCCGCGACGGCCCGCCGUUACGAAAGCCGGAGCUCGGCUCGGAGCGGUUGCUGCCUUUGUCCUGCGUCGACCACGUGGCGACGAAGUUCCCGAGCAUCGACGAGCUGGUGCGGUCCGGCAAGGGGUCGAACCUGGGGAGCGACGGCGGCAAGUGGUCCGCGUGCACGCACUUGGCGGUCUACGGCUUCAACUUUGCGACGUUCUUCGCGCGGCACCUGGCCUACGGGCUGCGGCCGCGGUCCGUGCUCGAGUUCGGCUGCGGCAUCGGCACGACGGCGGACUUCCUCGCGCGGCACGUGCCGGGCGGGAGCCGCGUUGUCUGCGUCGAACCGGAGCCCAUGCUCGCGGACGUCUUCGCGCAUCCGGCGCGCGCGGGCGCCCUGCGGCCC